GGAGCGGAGCGGGAGCCGGGAACAGAGAGCGGCCGGCCGGGCUCGGGCCGGGCGUCUGGGGGAGCUGGCCCCUCCCGGCCUUGCCAUGCUGGGCGCCCGGGGCGGGUGGCAGGCCCUCCGCCGCUGCGCCUCCCUGCCGCGGGCCGUGCGGCUGCGGGUGCGCGAGGCGCUGGGGGCGCGGAAGCCGGCGGACGCGGUCAGAGUGCAGGGCUGGGUCCGCUCUGUCCGAUCCCAGAAGGAAGUUUUGUUCCUGCACAUAAAUGAUGGCAGUUCUCUGGAAAGCCUCCAGGUGGUUGCUGAUCCCAGCCUGGAAAAGAGAGACCUGACUUUUGGAAGUGCAGUGGAAGUGCAGGGGAAGCUUGUCAAAAGUCCUCAUAGGAUGCAAAACAUGGAGCUGCAAGCUGAAACAAUUCAUGUGGUGGGACCUUGUGAUAUUUGGUCAUUUCCCCUGAAAAUGAAGGAGAGGCACCCGCUGGAGUAUGUCCGACAGUUCCCUCACCUGCGAUGCAGGAGCAACACGCUGGGCGCCCUGCUGCGAAUCCGCAGUGAAGCCACUGCAGCCAUCCACUCCUUCUUCCAGGAUAAUGGAUAUGUACAUAUUCAUACCCCCAUAAUUACAUCCAAUGACUGUGAAGGUGCUGGGGAACUCUUUCAAAUUGAGACAUCAAGAGAGGCAAAGGAGUCUGCAGAAAAGACCCAAUUCUUCAAUGUGCCUGCCUUCCUGACAGUUUCUGGCCAGCUACAUUUGGAAGUAAUGGCAGGGGCUUUUACUCACGUGUUCACCUUUGGCCCGACGUUCCGAGCAGAAAACUCACAGAGUCGCCGGCACCUGGCAGAGUUCUACAUGGUGGAGGCUGAGCUGUCCUUCACUGAAAGCCUUCAGGACAUCAUGCAGGUUAUGGAAGAUCUUUUCAAGACAGUGACGAGCACUGUGCUCUCCAAAUGUCCUCGUGAUGUUGAGCUUUUUCAUAAAUACAUAGCUCCUGAACAGAAGGGCAGGUUGGAACAAAUACUGAAGCACAAAUUUAUGAUAAUUUCCUACAGUGAAGCAGUGGAAAUUUUGAAGCAAGCUCCUCAAACUUUCACUUUCAAGCCAGAGGGACUUUUCUGGGUCUCUUGCCAUGGGCAAGAGGCACCAAAGCAGAUUCCCAGGCCCCUUUUGCUGUCCUUACAGUGGGGCUGUGACCUCCAGACAGAACAUGAGAAGUACCUGGUGAAGCACUGUGGGGAGGUUCCUGUGUUUGUGGUUAACUACCCAUACGACCUCAAACCUUUCUACAUGCGGGACAAUGAUGACGGACCUCAACACACAGUUGCAGCUGUUGAUCUCCUUGUACCAGGAGUAGGGGAGCUGUGUGGAGGCAGCUUGAGAGAGGAGCGACUGCCCUUCCUCGAAUCACGCUUACAGAGAUUAGGACUCACAGAUGCCUAUCAAUGGUAUCUAGACCUCCGAAAAUUUGGAUCUGUUCCUCAUGGAGGCUUCGGAAUGGGGUUUGAACGCUACCUGCAGUACAUCUUGGGAGUUGACAAUAUCAAAGAUGUUAUUCCUUUCCCCAGGUUUUCUCACUCCUGUCUCCUGUAGCUCAGCAGUUGACUCACGUGGAGAAAACCGCUGGUGUAACUAUUUGUAUAUAACAUAUCAGGAUAUGACCGAGUGUGUUUUAGUGGGAAAUCAAGACCAUUUUUUAUAUCAGUGAAACUUUUGGUCAGUUUAAUACUGGGUUAUUGAAAAUAAUAUAUGUUCUGGUAAGAUUAUGGAAGGACACUGGCAAUUAAUUUGAUAGCAGCUCAUGCCUUUAGUGCACUUCAGGAGUAUUAAUAAAUCCCACUUAACUAAAGGGUUACGAUUCUCAUGAGACUAGUACAAGCCGUGGAAGUACUGAACAAGUACUGAAGGUAGCAGGGGGUUUUAUGUGAAAUAUUAAUAAGGAAGUGUGACCUAAAAUAUUGUCAUGGCUGUGAUACGCUUGUUACUGCUACAGUCAGGAAAUAGCUACUGUAAAGCAUGAUUCUCCCCACUCUGAUUUAAAGCAAAUACUGUUUACCUUGGAAAAAUCAGCCAAACCUAGCAAGGAACAAUGUCAUAUUGGAAUUGCUGGAGUGAGUUUGUUGAAUGAUGUUUGAUUUUGUGAAUCAUCAAUAAAGAUGUACACUGGGUUGUUUAUAAC